AUGCCUGUGUAUCCCAAUGGCAAUGAUGAUGAUAGUUUGACCCCGAAUGAAUUAAGCGAAAUAAUCAAAAGGCACAAUUCAACUACAUCAGUGGCAUCAAAUAUAAAGAGCAGAAUUGAUAAGCUAUGCGAAUUUGGCGUAGAUUUGGAAUGCAUCAAUGACAAUAACAAACAAGAGUUUAUAUCGCGGGUUGCAGCAUAUCUCAAUAAUUACAAGUACAAAUCACACGACCGUCAAAUAAUUCAGCAACUACAAAUGUUUGGGUUAACAGCGCCACAGGCCUACAAUGCAGUCUCGCUGCCUGUACUAACAACGGAAGAUGUCAGUGCAAUUGUUGGGACUGAUGACACUCAAAUUAGCAAUGAAGUUGCGGAAAUGGUUGUAAAAUUGAUAAGAGAUAAUUUGGGCAAUUUGGAUUCGCAGACCAAAUAG